AUGGUAACUGUCGAUGAAGAUAAUAAACAACAACCGAACUGUUAUAGUGAAUUACCUAGUAUUCGAGUUGAUCCAAAUACUCAAAAUUUUAUUGAUGAAUAUGGCCGUGUUCGAAUAUUUCAUGGUGUUAAUGUAGUUUAUAAAGUUCCACCUUUUUUACCUGAUUUAACUAAUUUUGAUCCACAAAAUUCUUUAACAGACGACGAUUUAAAUAAUUUACAUCAGUGGGGCUUUAAUGUGAUUCGAUUUUAUACAGCAUGGAUGGGUGUAAAUCCAACAUCAGAUAAAGAAGUAAAUCAAGAUUAUAUUUCACAAUUAUCAACUGCUGUAAAAAUGAUGGAGGAUAAAGGCAUUUAUGCAUUGCUUGAUUGUCAUCAAGAUGUUUUUUCAAGGUAUUUCUGUGGUGAAGGCGUACCUGACUGGGUAGCACAGAAACUAGGUAAUACAACACUCAAUAGUUUUCCAUUUCCAAUUGCACCAAAUAUUACACGAGAACCUGAUACAGGCUAUCCUACACUAGAUGAAUGUCUUAAACGUCCGUUUUUUGAAUAUUAUUUAACUCAAGGCGUUCUACAUGGAUUCAAAAUGUUAUAUACAAAUGGCAAUGGCACACUUGAUUCAUUUGGUUCUUUUUGGCAAACUAUUGCUAAUACAUUUGCUAAUCGUUCGUCUGUUCUUGGCUAUGAACUACUUAAUGAACCACCCAUGUCUGAGCUCAUUGAAGCAGUUGAAAUUGGAUAUGUUGAUCGAGUUUAUUUAGCACCUAUGUAUAAAAAACUACACGAAAUUAUUCGUCAAGUUGAUGAUAAACAUGUAAUAUUUUUUGAACCAUGUGUCGCCGAUCUUUUACAAACAGGACUUACAGAAGGACCAGGUGGUAUUGAUUAUAAUGAUCGGCAAGCAUUUAGUUAUCAUGUUUAUUGUCUCGAUGUUACAAAACAAGGUGAUCCUGAAUCGGAUCUGAUUUGUGAUAUCGACGAUGCACUUCUUAUAACUUCACGAUUUGAAGAAGCUAAGAAAAAGAAAUUCGGUGGAAUGAUGUUAACAGAAUUUGGUGCUUUAAGUAAUUCUACAGAAGGUAUCCAAGAAAUUCAUCGAAUAACCGGAAUAGCAGAUCAAUUUCUUCAAAGUUGGUCUUAUUGGCAAUUUAAAAAAUAUCAAGAUUUAACAACAGCAGCAAGUCCAGCAACAACUGAAUCGUUCUAUGAUGAAAAUGGUGAAUUAGAAAUGAAUAAAGUUCGAGCACUUUCACGAUCUUAUGCACAAGCAAUUGCCGGUCAACCAAUAUUUAUGUACUUUGAACCAACAUCAGCUGAUUUUCAAUUAGAUUUUAAAAUUAAUACAGCUAUUCAGCAACCAACAAUUAUCUAUAUAAACGAAGAUUUAAAUUAUCCAAAUGGUAGUAAUAUUAAGGUAACUCCAGCUAAUUCAUUAACAUGGACAUCAACGAGUCGAAAUUAUUACGAAUUUGUAACGACGUCGUCAACUAAAAAUGGUACAACAAUCACUAUAGAAAUCACAAAAAGUCUCAAUUGGUUUAGCAAAUUUGGACGUUGGCUUAUAAAGAAGAUUUCUUUCUCGAAUAAAUAA